CUGACUCAGGCCCCGCCUGCUGCAGGAGAACGACCUGGAUACGCUCCACAUGUCCUGUUUAAACAAGUCAGCCUUCUCUUAACUCACACGGGAGGGGAAGGAUGUGAAGUGUCAUCUUAUAUCCUGUGAUCAGACUGCUGUAAACUGGGAGGAGGCAACACUGAAUGGACAAAACAUGGGGUCAGAUGAGGCUUACAACUUUGUCUUUAAGGUGGUUCUAAUAGGAGAGUCUGGUGUAGGAAAGAGCAAUUUGUUGUCCCGCUUCACCAAAAAUGAAUUUAACCAUGACAGCCGCACAACCAUCGGGGUGGAGUUCAGCACACGGACAGUGCAGCUCAACAACUUCACCAUCAAAGCUCAGAUCUGGGACACUGCUGGGCUGGAGCGAUACCGGGCCAUCACAUCUGCGUAUUACAGAGGUGCUGUUGGAGCCCUGCUGGUCUAUGACAUCACCAAACACCUCACCUACGAGAAUGUGGAGCGCUGGCUAAAGGAGCUUUAUGAACAUGCUGACCCCCACAUUGUGGUAAUGCUGGUAGGCAACAAGACUGACCUGGAGUCAGAGAGAUCAGUGCCUAAUGAGGAGGCCAAAGACUUUGCAGAGAAGAAAGGCCUUUUCUUCCUGGAAACCUCAGCCUUGGAUUCUACAAAUGUAGAAGCAGCAUUUACCACUGUCUUAGCAGAGAUUCACAAGAAGGUAAGCAGUAAGGAAGUGGUCCGAGGCCCCAUGAGUGCAGUUACCCUGAACAGCCCUAAAGCAGAAGACACAGAGAAGAAGUCCUGCUGCAAGAACAUCUGACCCCACCAUCCUUCAGGACUCGGGCCUCACGGUGAGGGAUUCCUCCUUUUGCCCCAAGCUGGAAUUUGUUGGAGGCAACCUCAGGCACCAGUAUAAAUGGUUCUGGCUUGAAUGCUGCAACUUUGAAUUGACUGAUUUAAGAGUGGUAGAGCCGGCAUGGUGGUAAGAUGCAUUAAAACAACAGUUGAAAAUGUGAACAGAUGGAGCUGGAAACCACCAGCAGUCUUUUCAGUUACUUCUUCACUACUGAACAAAGGUCAAAGGUGAAACUAAACUGUGUUACCUGUCAGAUUAUUUAUAAUCCAUUCGGGGAAUUGAAAACACAUCAUAGUGUGUAUGAUGUCUAAAAUAUGAGGACACAUGUUUCAAUGUUUUUUCUUAUAAUCAGCAGCUUGAUUGGUGGAAAUGUUUGUAUUCAUUGUGAGUGUUGCUGUCACUGCUGAGCGUGUGCUCCAGCUGGUCAUCUAUGAUGAGACUGAUUACAUAUCUGUUAAGAAAUAAAUGGAGACAAAUUA